CAUUUAGGAUAUGUAUUGAGUUUUGAAAUAUGUAAAUUUCUUAUAGCUUGCGCAAUUAUCGUUAUGGCUACAUUAUGGAGAAAUAAGGAAAUAGUAUAAAUAUUUGGAUAUAUAUAAAAAUCUCAGAGAUUGCUGAAUAAACUGAGAGUAUUCUAAUUUUAAUGCAAACAUUGACAUACUAACUAAUUGUUCAAUACUCUUAUGACAUCGUGGAAGUGGAUAUUGAAGAAAGUUUGAAAUAUAAUAGUGACAAAAUUCUGACAAAAGGAAUUAAUUGAAUUGGGUGAUUUUUUUAAGUGAAACAUUAUUAAUUACAAUUGUGGAAUGCAUUAAAGAAAGAGAGUAUUCAUUCCCCCAAGAGUUAGAAUGCACAUUACUGGUAUUAAAUCGCUUGAUUUUGCAAAUUUGGGGGAAAUACUUGUCUGUACAAAUCUUUGAACAAAGAAGAGUUUGAAGUGUGACUGCAGCAUGUGGUGUAUUCCCUGUAAAGCAUGCGUCGGUAUGGUCACUGGGGACAAAGAGGUCGUUUAUUACCAAAGUGAGCGCCCCUGGACAUGGAAACCUCUACACAAAUCGUACCGGAAGCACAAUACUACCCGCAAAUCUCGCUACGCAAAAAUGGUAGAACAUAAACGCUCUGAAGCAGUCCUGAAAAAUCUUGCAAGCGAACUACUCACAACUGACGAGUGUAACCAACUGAAGCAAGCUCUUCACCAUUUUCGUGUCUCAAGCUCAGUACCGUCAUUUUGCCAGCAACUGAAGCCCAUCAUCAACAAUACGCCCAAGCUUCUGCUGCUUAUUGAGCUGAGCAAUCGUAUGCCCCCAAGUCUACAGGAGGACUUUCACAGACUGUGUACUCUGCAGUUUCAAAAUUACGAAACUUACUUGAAAUUAUUUCAGAGUGGAAACAAAACUGACACAAUGUCGAGAGUAAUUUCGCAAGACGCUGCUGGAAGACUGAAAAUAAUCGCAGGAGGAAAUGAGAAGAAGAUGAUGAUGAGAUACAAUAACCAGAAACAGGCUUAUGAGCUGAGAUCCCUGCCUGGUACGAGUGUAACAAGUGGCGUGUAUAGUAAUGGCAGUGAGAGUGACCAAAACAGCGUGUUUGAGGACGACGCCAAGAAUCUAAACAAUGGACGCAUCACCCCAGUCCAUCUGCAGGGAAAAAAGAACGUUCACAAGGUCAUCCUCAAUCGCCAUGAUGAUGGGAGCCUGGGGCUGGGUAUCAGUGGGGGAAGAGAGUUUGGCUCCGAGAUAACUAUCAGCGUCAUAGAGGAGGGCGGGCCUGCAGCAACACAGGGUCUGGAGAUCGAGGACAAGAUUCUGGAGGUGAAUGGCCACCAGUUCAACAACAUGACGCACACGGAGGCUGUUAUGAUCAUGAGGAAUGCGUGGAACCUCAUCAUCUACGUACAGAGGCAGCCAGAAAAUGUCCUUAGUGAUGAAGACGUAGCAGACAUGGUUGCUAGGCAACAUGAGAUACAGAGUCUUGAAUUACCCGUGUUCCCGACCACUAGGGGACGCCUUGGCUGUGCCUCACAAAGGUUGGCGAGCCAAGACCUGAUUGUUCAGAAUGUGGACGAAAAUUCUCCCGCUGCCAAGGCCGGCAUACAGCUACAUGAUAUCAUAUACAAGCUUGAUGGGAUUAAUGUUCGAGAACUGACGGAAAAGCAGAUAGUUAUGCUGACCAACGCCAAGCGAGUCAAUCUCUCUGUUAAACGAUAUGUGCCUCUCACAGAUGAUGGAAUAACCCAGGAUAUGAGACACAGAGGGCGAUCCUUGACCCCUGUGAAACAGAUGCAGACAUCCACAUACAACCGUGCCUUAUCAUCUCCACGCAGUGACGCAAGCAGAGACUUGUCAGAAGAAUCGCGUAAAUCUGCUUUUCAACUGGCUGAGCCACCAUCACCAUCGGUGUUUCAGACUACCAAGUACAUUACUCUUCCACCGGACAACACACGUAGCCAUAGCGCAGGCAUCUCCCAUACCAAACAAAGGCUAGCUAACAAGCCCCAGCAUCUUGUGUACGGCCAGAGGUCAAACAAGGAACCAAACUGGAUUAUAACCCCGAAACAAACGGAACAUAAUUUAAGAUACAGCCGCAGAGACAAUCAAGCUACGUUUCCUAUACACUUAAGAAGCAAGUCGGCAGAACCUUUGAAACAGCAUUUUGUUACGGCUCAAGAUGGUAUACAACAUUCUGGCCGAGUGUCCAAAUAUAUCAGACGUUCCCAGUCACCGCAUAGGAACACUAUUGCGCGAGUUCAUCAUGAGGACAAUGUGAUACGAGCCAUACAGAUGGGGCUAGAGAAAAGACAGCGUGCAGUCCGAGUCUCGCACUAUCAGAUGCCGGACCCUGCUGACUAUGAGUGGGAAAUUUAGCAUUCACCAACUGUGUAAUUUAGGUUUUAUAAAUAAUCUGAGUGAUAUUUAAAGAUAUUAGUGCUUUUAAGAAAUAUAAGACUUCAUGAAAUUUGAUUUUGUGGUAAGCCACUAAAUACAGUUAUUUAUUAAAGGUUAUUGGUAACCAUAGAAACACUAGAAUGACGGAAUGAUAGGAUAUUUCACAAAAAAAAUCUGCAUUAUGUUCUUCUAAAAUUACCAAUACUGUGAAUACUAAAAUGACAUUUCAUAAAUGUCAUGUGUAGAUCUACAAAAGAGACUGCUUUGGGCUUCUAAGUUUGUUUUACUAACUUGACCUUGAUAAAGAAGGGCGCUUAUUCAGCUUGGCAUUAGUUUUGCUUUCCUUGUAAGUCAAUGUUAUAAUAAUAAAUUUUAUAUAUUUUAAUCAAAAACCUCAUAAUUUUGCUUUUUAAAAGAUGAAUGUGUCAGUGACAAAAUUUAGAUGUGGAAGAAAUAUACAGUGAACAUAGUGUACCCUACUUCGCUUAUUUACACAUUAUGUUUUCAUUUACAAAAUGUUUGCUGUGUCAUGAACUAACAUUUUGUUUUGCAAUUAUUAUGUGAGAAGAAUAUUUAAAUGGUUAAAUUUUUGUGAUGGGCUUUGAACAUUGUAUUCCUUCAUGAGGUGCCUCUGCUUAUUUUCUGUGCAGCUACUAAUCAUCUUAAUUAAUAGGGUAACUUUUUUCUAAAACAAAUGUAUAUUAUUAAUCUUUGCUUUACAGUGUAGCUAAUGGAGUAAAAGGUUUAAUUUUACUGACUUGUCACUGGUAAUAAAUUCCAAGGGUCAUAAGUCAUUGUUACUUAGCUGGAUUUUUCAACUCCUUUAAAGUUGCACUCUCACAGAUAUACCAUUUUUACAACUUCAUUUAUUUUGUCUUAGAAUGAGCAAAUUUUUGCGUAAAUAUCUGAAAACCAGUGUUACAAGACAUCUGACAAAAGACAGAUAUUCAAAAAUUAAUGUGUUAUGGCUUAAAGCGCUACUAAAAGUUUAAGAAAAAUGCAUAAAGCAUUUUUUUUUUAACUCAAAAAUAAAAAAUCUGUGAUCUAAUUUUUUAUAAGCAGUCUUAUAUGACUGGUUUCCAUGCAUUUUCUCAUAAAUUGGCUCGUUCUAAGACAAAAAACUAAAAAAAGUUGUCAAAACCGCCAAUCUGUGAGAAUGCAGCUUUAACAUCACUGAUGUUUCGAGACUCUCACAGUCACUUUUAUUGUGUUAAACCUAAUACUUUGCAUUCAUUUCAUUAUGCCAUUCUUAACACGUUUAAUACAUUUUAAAUGUAACAUGUAUGUGGACAAUUCCGUUGAUUUUGAAUCAAAGUGACAUAUUGUGUUCUAACUUUCUUGAAUCAAAACUGUUUUCAUUUCAAUCCUUCACUGCCAACUAUCUACACUAUUCAGUUCUUUUGUUGUAGAGCUUUAAUUUGUUACUACACUCAUUAUGCACACAUAUGUAUACUUAUCAUUAUUAAAAUAAAGUAGGACUAACAUGACCAUGAACAUUUGUUCAGAUUUCUUGUCAAGUUUUAUGUAAAUGUGUUGUAAUAAGUUAGAAUUUAUAUUUAUACAUAUCAUAUAUAUUUGUGUACAGAAAUUGUACCUGUGUGUUGAUAAAGUGUUAUGUAUCUGGAGCUAUAUGUAUAAGAUUUAUUUAAAAAAAUAAAUAUUUAUAUUA